AUGGCCCUUGCCCUUUUUCUGGCUCUAGCUAGCCUAGCUAUUGUGGUGGCCACAAAUCUACACCCAAAUUUCUACUCUAAGACAUGCCCAGAUGCUGAACUUAUUGUUCGGAGUGUGAUCAAGAAGGCCAUGGAGGUGGAAGUUCGAGCCGCAGCCUCAGUGAUGCGCUUGCAAUUCCACGAUUGCUUCGUUAAUGGUUGUGAUGCUUCACUGUUGCUCGAUGAUACGCCGAACAUGCUUGGAGAGAAACUCGCUUUGUCGAACAUAAACUCUCUAAGAUCCUAUGAAGUUAUCGACGAAGCUAAGGAGGCCUUAGAAACCACUUGCCCUGGGAUUGUUUCAUGUGCAGACAUCUUAGUCAUGGCUGCUAGAGAUGCUGUCGUCUUGAGUGGAGGACCAGAAUGGGAAGUUAAGUUAGGAAGGAAAGACAGCUUAAUGGCGAGCCAAGAAGACUCCGAUGAGAUCAUGCCGAGUCCAAGAGCUAAUGCAAGCUACCUUGUUAAUCUGUUCAAAAAGUUUAACCUAUCAGUUAAAGAUCUUGUGGCCCUUUCUGGGUCUCAUUCCAUUGGUGAAGGACGAUGCUUUUCCAUCAUGUUCCGAUUGUAUAACCAAUCUGGCUCAGGUAAACCAGACCAUGCCUUUAAUCCCAGCUACAAAGAAAAGUUGGACAAGCUUUGCCCGCUAGGUGGAGAUGAAAAUGUCACUGUUGAUUUGGAUACAACACCAGGGAUAUUUGACAACCAGUACUUCAAGGACUUGGUUAAUGGGCGAGGGGUUUUGAACUCUGAUCAAACAUUGUAUACAAAUUUGAAAACUAGAGAAUAUGUCGAGAAGUUUAGUGUCAAUCAAAGUGAGUUCUACCAAGCCUUUGUUGAGGGUAUGAUUAAGCUAGGCGAUCUACAAUCUGGCCAACCAGGGGAGAUUCGAAGGAAUUGUCGGGUGGUCAAUUUUCAGCCGAUGCUCAAUUUUUGUCCAGCAAACUCACUAUUGGAGACAAGGGUGUGUAAGUAA